GUGAGAUUAACCAGUUGCUCUGAGUGAAGGUAGAUGAUGAAGUGGGAGCCCUGACUACCUGUCAUCCUGUCACCUUUAACUUCACAUUCAUCCCAUCCACCUUCUAACCGUUCAUCCCAUAUUCCAUCAAACAAUUUAUCUGUGUCUCCAAAUGAAGGAUGUGAUAUUAAUCAACCAAGUGAAAAUCUUUCAAUGAAUCCAUUGUUGGCUUACAACUCUUGAACAGGGUGUUGAAGGCUGGUAUGCCGCCAAGUGUAUUAACCUUCCCUGUUUCACCGGCUCCAGCACAUAGCAUGACGUCAGGCAGCUUUUUUAAGAUACGUGACCGAGAUGAGGCGGAGGUUCUUGAGUGUAAACAGAGGGCCAAUAUCCGCUGGCUGGUCAGUAAGGCGUAUAAUAAUUCUCCCCCGAGAGAAUUUCAGGACCCCUUUUACAAGGAUCACAACAACACUGAGCGCUUGAAACCCCAUCUUGUACACGCGCUCGCUACAGCUGAGUUGUACUGUAUGGCACUCUCACACCUUUACCAGGAUCCACACCUGAAUAAUCUGAACAACUGGGGUAUUAUACAGGCUGUAGCGCGGAAAGGAGUGUAUGUGAGUGAACCAGCAGACUGUGCCCUGACAGAAACUGUUCUUAUCAAGACGAAUCCCUUAAAGAUGUCUGCUCAUAUGGCCGUCAUCGAGGCAAUCAUGAACCUCUUCCUGAAGGAAGCCUGCGGGGAUGGAAAGAUUCUAGAAAGUGUGAGAAGGUUCUCUAAAGACCCGGAGGAACCAGGAGAACCUGGAGAAUUACCCCUCUAUUGGAUCAACCAGUCCUGUCAGGCUCUCAGGGUCAAGCUGGAGGACGAGAAAGAGGAGAAUAUCAGGGAGCUACCAAAAUUUAAUAAACUUCAAGAUAUCUCGGAUUUAUCGGACGGUAUUGCUCUCACGUCCGUCAUCUCCCUUUACUGUCCGGACGAUUUCUCCUGGACGGAGAUUAGUUUUCAAGAUCCGACCAAUGUUGCGGAUUGUCUCCGAAAUAUUCAACUUUUGCAAAAAUUCAUUUCUGAAACUUUGCCAUAUAAUUUCUGCCAUUUAACAACCGAGGAUAUUUUCUACAUGCAUAAUUCUAUAAAACUAAAUAUGGAGUGUAUGAUUGCAGACAUGUUCACAACCCUAGAACUCCUAGGUCUCAGCAUAGUUGAGCUUCCUGGGGUUAAAAAGGAUAAGAUUAUCCAGUUUCAGAGCUUAGAUUCAAGUUCAAGGUUCCAGAGUAAACCCAGCUCUGGAGAGGAACAAAACUUUGUUGUGCAGAAAGGAAGGAUGAUUCCAACUCUGUCCUCUGUUGCGCAAUCACACCGAUCCUUGUCUCCGGGUUCGGAGUUGGGUCAAAAGGAAAGGUUAAACCAAGACACUAAAUCUGAGGAGAGAGGAGAAACUGAUACUCCGUCCUUAAUUAAAUCCAAUUCUACUCUUGAUUUAGGUCGAAGCAUGCAACCAGCUGGUCGACCUUCCGAACGGUCGGAGCAAACCAGCGUUACAUCAUACGCUGGCCGACGAUCCCGGAGAAAUUCGACCAACGAUAAUCAGUCACAGAUCUCACUGGAGAACAUUGGAGGAAGCAUGGAUAAUCUCAGUGUUAUCGGUCGGAACCCUGACAAAGAACUCCGAGUGCACUCUGGAAAGAAGAACGAGAUUGUGGCCACUCCUCAGCGAAGAGGAAGUGCAAAUCAACAGACUUUUGAUAUUCGUAAAUAUGGGAAUGGAGUUGAAAGGGGAGAUGACGUGUUCCUUGACAAUAAAGAACUGGAUGCAAUGGAAAAACUUGAACUUAACAAUUCCGCCCACGUAGACGCCAGUUCGCCUCUCUCUCCUAGUUCCAACAACUAUGCAGAAAAGAAAACCUCCUUCGCGGAUUUACGUAAGAAAUCAAAUACGCAGAACCAGUUUGCAACUUCUGGGAUACACAUUACAUACACGGAAGGAGAGGAAAAGGAAAAUCUUCCAAAAAAGAAAAGUUUCGACCGCGAGAAGAUGUUCACAGAAAACAAUCCCUACAGUGCACAGAGUCCAGUAGAUUCAAGUAACGAAGAGAUGAAUGAUAAACUUAACUCGGUUCGAUUAAAGUUGGAAGAGAGACGUAAAAGAAUAGAGGAGGAGAGAAGAAAAAUGGAUGCACUCAUGAUGCGACAAAAAGAUACAAAUAACGAUGAAUCCUUUGGUGUCAGGACUAAUCCAGGAGACAGAUCAGAAAGAAGAUCUUUGGAUUCUGAAAACAGUUCUCCGUCCAAGAUCCUGUUGAAUAAGAAUGAAGACCCCAAUGAUCCUUACUCUAAAUCUCUGCUCCAUAUGAACGAUCAUAUUAGUGAAAUGAGUAAUAAUCUGCAACGGUUGGCUGCUCAGCAGACGCAAAUUCAGCAGAUGAUGCAGAGAUCCCCUCAACAGCAGCAGCAGCAACAACCGCAGUCUGCUUAUCCUCCUCAUCCUAUGGAUCCCCAACCCUACUAUGCUCCUAGUCCGGAGCAGGGAAAUCCAACACAGCGGAGAACUUGGGGUCAACCUCAACCUAUAAGUUUUGCUCCAGCAGGAGGAAUGGGAUACGAUCGUCCUGGUUGGACUGGAGGCCAUGUUCCACCCUCGAGACCUUACUCCUAUGAUGGGAGCUACGGAGGAUAUGAUCAGUACAUGCCGAGGGAUCAGUGGGGGAACCCCCUUCCCCCAGCUCCUAUGUAUGGGCCCGGGGGCUCUGGAUACAACAUGUACAACAAUGGUCAACAGCCGUACAUGCCCCAUCCUCCAUAUACAACCAAUAAUCAGUAUCCUUCACAAUAUAUUCCACCCACGUAUCCUAACAUGAGUCCGAACCCAAUCAGAUCAGGGACCAAUCUUCCCACAACUCCGCAGAAAAGUGUUCCCUUUCGUCUCCAUGAUUCUCCGAGUGUAGAGAAGGAGCUGAGCCCAGAGGGUCCACACACCUCUACUCCAAACCCAUUUACUAGACAGUUAUCCCGUGAUCUUGUAGACUCUAAACUACCAGCUGUAGUGCCCAGAAAACUGCAUGCUCCUGUUCCUGCUCCUGCCAUGGAUGAUAUGGCGCCCCAAAACAUUUCUUUUAUUGAGAGUGCUUCAGAUAUUGAAGAUGUUUCUCCUACUCCCCGUAAAUCUAGCGGCUCUGAUGAAUCUCGAACGGACGGAUCUCUAACAGACCGUCUUGCUAGAUUAUCCCUAACACGUGGAGAUAAAACUUACAGAGUUCAGUUGCAUGCUGAUGGAAGAGAACCUACUACGGUUCAAGAGACUAGUCCUACAGCCUGGAAGAAUACAAACAGGCCAACCAUAUCUUCAACCUUCAAGGAGAGAAGACGAGGUUCUAAUGAGAGUGGAACAGGACCAAUGUCACUGAGUGGUCCAAACUCUCUUCCCAGCAGUGCAAUCCAGAACAAAAUGACCGAUGAGGAGGUGGAAACUUUAAACAACAUGAAAACUGAACUUUUGAACGAGACGGGAGAUCCGUCUAAAGGUUUUGUGAUUUCAUUUGAUGACGAUCCCAAAGUUAAACCCAAACCUGUCUUAAAAGAACGAAAGUUUAGUAAACGUACUCCUAAAGAAGAUCCUAGUUCCUCUGACCCUGUAAUGAUCAUGUUGGACAUGAAUGAAGAUCUUGACAGUGAUCACAGAGACUCAAGUAUGAGGGAUAAGUCAGGCAACAGAAAAACUUUUCGUGAGGAUUUCCCAACCAAGUAUUCAGGGUCAGCGCAUUGGAAUUCUUAUGACACGGACGAACUCACUUCGCCUUCAGAGAACAUUAUUCCCAAGUUUAAUGUUGAUCCUGAUAUACCAUUGGAACCUAUGGUUGAGUUAAAUGACUUGUCUGACUCAGAUAGUGCAAGAGCUACAGGGCUCAUCAUAGGAGACACCAUGCUUGCUGCAGGAGACGACUCAACACCAAAUGAGAUGGCAAAGAAGAAAGAGAAAAUAAUGAUGCAAUCCUUGAGAAGAAAGCAGCAAGCAGAAGAAAAUAAGAUAAAAAGAGAAGAGAAAGCCAGGUUAAAAAAGGAAGAAGAAGCUUGGAAAGCGGAGGAACAGCAGAGAAAAAAGGAGGAGGAUGCGAGGAGAAAAGAGGAAAUCUUGAAACAUCAUAAGAUGAAAAAGGAGCAAGAGAAAGCAGAAGAAGAAGGACGACAUUUUCCUUCUCCGAUAUCAGCCAAACCCAUCCCAAAAAUCAGACAUGCAAACAAUGUUAAGAAAACUAGACCUAAGGUUCUAGGUCUAGAUAGAAAUAGAAAAAUCCAGAACUCUACAUCCGACCUCUCUCAUUUAGGAGGAUCCAGCCUUGAACUACGGAGGUCAGAAUCCCGAGGUUCUGUCAAUGACAGUUAUGACAAACCUCCGACUAGUAGAUCAACAAUGAGCCUGGCUACUAUGGGUUCCCGCGGACAGCCUGGAGGAGGAUCAAGAUCCUAUCUACCUAAGAAAAAUCCUACUCCGGAUCCAUACGGAGACUCUUCUCCUAGAUCUAGUAGAUAUGACAGACAGUCCAGGAGUGCGUCCCAACCCAGGGGUAAGCGAGACUCUAGUGUUUCUUCAGCUUACGGUGCCAUUGACAAGGGAAAUAGGAACGAUAGCUUUCGAGGUUCAAGGGAAAGUUUAGUUAGUAGACGAACUUAUACUGCUCGUCGUGGCAGUAACUCGUCUUUGUAUGAGGAUGAGGAUGAAUAUUACUACGGAGGAUCAUUAAGAGAUUUGUCUUAUUCUGGACACAAGGGACGGAGAAAGUCUUCAAGCGUGAGUUAUCUUGGCCCCGGUUCACUGCCCUCAAGGCAGCGCAGAGGUGGAGAUUUCGACGACGGCGCCUCUGAUAUAUCCUCCACGGCCUCUGGUUGGUCAGCCUAUGGUUACAGGACCGGAGGGAGCAGGUUGGGUAACUACAGAGAACCAAGUACUAAAUCUAACCGUCCCAUUGUUCUCAACGCUAUAGAACAUGUCGUCUUCCCUGGAGUUGUCAACCAGGAGACUAGAUAUAGGGUUAUAGAAGAGAUUGAUGCUUGUGACUGUCCCCAUUUUCUAAUUCUUUUCCGAGAUACAAAAUGUCAGUUCCGUGGACUCUACGCGUACUAUCCGGACACGGAGGAAGUUUUCAAAAUAUACGGAACCGGUCCAAAACAGGUCACGGAGAAAAUGUUCGAAAAGUUCUUCAAGUAUAAUUCUGGCGGGAAAAAAUUCACCCAAAUCCACACCAAGUCGCUUACUGUGACCAUUGAUGCAUUUACCAUCCACAACAGUCUGUGGUUGGGGAAAAAGGCCAAACUACCAGAUAGAAGAAGUAUGGCGAUGGUGGUCUGAGAAAAAAAACUCAUUUUUACUCAUUUUUAAGUAUUUUAAUUACAUUAACCUUAACUUGACAAUCAGCAAUUAAAAGAUCUUGAUAAAAAUUGAGAGAUAAAAAAACAUUGAUUGUUAACUGUUAUCAUAUUUUAAUGAUAAAUGACCUCAUGUUAAAUGGAUGUUCUAUUUAAUGUAACUAUUAACAGAACUAAACUAAAAUAACCCCGCUAAUAAGUGAUACGUUGACACACUUGCUGAUUAAGCUGUUAAUUAUAAUUUAUAAACCCUUGUUAUAUUUUAGUUCUUCAAUUGAAAAUGUUUCCCACAUGCUUAGUAUAAAUAUUUGCCACAAUUAACACCUAGAAAUUAAGUUGCGGAGGAAAAUUUUAGAUUUACUAGAAGCUUAACUGCAAUUAUACGUUAUUUAUUAUUUGUUAAUUUUGUAACCAGCAAUUUAUUGAAAAUAUAUAUUCUAACAACAUC